CACACACACACACACACACACACACACACACACACACACACACACACAUUCGUACGCACUGAAACAACUUCCGUACCUCACGAAAACAUAUUUAAACAGAUGGAAAAAACUAUCGCAGAACACAGUGUCACGUAGCAACUGGUCUUUACGGUCGUUUGAAACAACAGGUCAGUUUGGGGGACAAAAGGAGGGUUCAGUUUUUACUGACCUCCCAUCUGACAGUUUAAAUGUUUAUGACCGUUUGAAUCAACAGGUCAGUUUGGGGUACAAAGGAGGGUUCAGUUUUUAUGGGAGCUUGAGAAUUUCGUAUGAAUAGAAACUGGCCACCCAUUUGACCGUUUAAAUGUUUACGACCGUCUGAAACAACUUCCAUACCUCACGAAAACAUAUUUAAACAGAUGGAGAACUAGAGCAGAACACAGUGUAACCGCGAUUUGCAAAAUGAAAGGUAAUUUCUUUUUUUUUUUUUUUCAUUCCUUGUAACACGUCUGUUUAAUGUUACUAUAAUAAGUAUUUAUUCGAACUAAAAACAGUCGAACAUCGAGUUGAAAUUCACCCACCACCAAGGGAUCUCCUAACAGAGUCUCCAAUCCUUUUGUCCGAUGACGACGAAGUGAAAGACGAAGAACUUUGUUUGAUCGAUCUUACAAAGUUGGAAGAUGAUUAUCGAGAGGAUUCGCCGGAAGAGACCAACGCGAUCCCUUUAACCCAAUCGCAGUCUGGGUCCGUCAACGGCCAUUCCAGGCAGAGAAGGCUUGAUUGCGCCAAAGACUCCAGACAUCGAAUCCUUGCUCCGUGGGGAAAUCAUCGAAAACGACGGUGAAUGUCCAACAGGCACCCGCUGCAACAAACGCAGGAGGAAGCGUAGAUGCGCCCGCCAGCUCGACAAACAUGAUAGAAACAGAAGAAGGCUGAAACAGUACUAUCGUAUACUGGCUCGCACUCUCAUGAAGAUGGCAGACAUGAUUUGAUACAUACUGGUUUGUUAUAUCUGUUCCAUUCGAAUUAUUUUUUCUUUUUUUUCUUUAGAGAAAUAUAAUGGGUGUAGUUCCAUCUGAAUUAGAUGUAGUUAUUGAAGAAGAUGAAGACGUUUGUAAUCAUCAUUUAGAUCCAAACAACCAGAUAGAAUGGGAACCAAACAAUGAUCCGUCUUUGCAAGAUGAUAUUAAUGUGUUAAAUUCAAACACAAACACACAAGCCUCUACACAGCAUCACGAUGUGUUGGGAGGGGCGACACCCUCGGGGGAAUGUUUGGAUUUUUCGGAGGUGGUGGGGGUCAUGCAGAACCAACCGUCAACGGCUGACCAAUCAAUUUCAAAUGAGACCCAGAGGGGUGAUGGGGUAAAUGUCUUGAGGAGGGAAACAUUCAACAAUAUACAACUAUCCAGCGUUUUAACUUUUCCUCAAAACAACGAUGUAACAGAUUACGCCACAUUUUACCGCGGAGUCUUGGGGAGCCUUAAAAAGCUGACACAGAUGGUAACUAAGGAAGCUAGACCCGGCGAUAUCAUUCAAUUGGAGUUAUCCGGUGAAAGUGCAAAUCAACACACUUCAUUUACAUUUCGAAACGAUGCCGGGGCUGUGAUGAAUGCUUUUCAAGAUGUGUUAGAUCUGUUGGUACAAUCAAACGUUGAAAUAUUGAACGAUGAAGAAAUACAGGUGAUGGUCCAGGUGAUACAUAACCCUCGAGGUGGUGUAAGAAGAAAAAUCGAAACCCUUUUGGAACAUGAAAUCCGCAGAAAAAAAGCUCGUUAUCUUUACAAUCCAUUAAACUCGAAUAAUCAACUAUGUUUUGCCAUUAGCCUAGCAAGUCUGUUACAUCCUGAAUUUACAGAUAGCCAGGCUGUGGCGGAGGCUGAAAAAAUACAGAGAAAAGCGGGCUUAGACGAACAGACUUCCGUCACUUUCAGUCAUAUUCGUGAAUUUGAAAAAGUGGUACGUCGUAAAAUUGUCAUACUGUACAGAGAAGAGGGCCAACGACCCCUCUCACGGUUCGAGACGGAUUACCCCAAAUCAGAAAAUCCGUUGUAUCUGUAUUUAUCUCAGAAUCAUUACAGCGGUAUCAUUAACAUUAAAGGUUUUUUGUCAAAACCGCACGUUUGUCACUACUGUUACCAAGGGUACGACAAACCCGACAGACACAAAUGCGACGGCUAUUGCUUGGUCUGUACACAAAACGGGUGUGUAAAAAUAGAGGGGAAAACUGUGCUUUGCAGGGAUUGCAACAUGUGGUGUCGUUCUCCUGCAUGUCUCCUCAGACACAGGGUAAAACACCGGGUUAUGGAAAAACUCGUCAGCAACUGCGAUCGGCGAAAGAAAUGCCUUAAAUGCAACCUAUUUUACGAUGUACCUGUGGCUACAGGUAUCGCUAAACACACGUGCCCUAAGUUAAAAUGUCAAAUAUGUAAAGAAGAGCUACCUCGCAGUGACUCAGAGACACCUGAAACACGACAUCUUUGCUAUAUACAACCCCAACCACGUGAAGUAAACCACAAUGAUAAUAUCAUAUUCUAUGAUUUUGAGACGUUUGUCGAUGACAAUCACACUCACAUUCCCUUUCUAGUCUGUACCAAGACGCUGCAAGGAGAAGAGUGGUGUGCUUUUGGACUGGAUUGUGUUACAGUUUUCCUCAAUCAUUUCAGGAAACCUCGUUAUCUUAAAUCUACAUUUAUAGCCCACAAUUCGAGAGGAUUUGACGGUUACUUGAUUCUGAGAGGCAUGGUACGGCUGGGUAUAGCACCCUUAAUUAUCAUGCAGGGGAGUAAAGUUCUCUGUUUUAAAGACCCUGAUUUUUUGCAAAAAUACAUUGACUCGCUUUCCUUCCUUACCAUGCCGCUUAGCGCUAUGCCAAAAGCGUUAGGACUCGGUGAUUGCUGGUCCAAGGGGUAUUUUCCUCACAAAUUUAGUUCGGAGGAACAUUUAAAUUAUGUCGGAAAAUACCCCGCAAUCAGCAAUUACGGUGUAGAACGCAUGACACCUGUUGAACGCACCAAGUUUGAGACGUGGUAUCAAAAUGAGAAAAGCGAGGUCUUUGAUUUUCAAAAACAAGCGGUACACUACUGUAAAAACGACGUCAAUGUUCUUCGUGAGGGUUGCAUCAAAUUUAGAGCCGAGUUUACGAGCGAGACGGGUGUUGACCCCUUCUCCCGUAUCACCAUAGCCUCGGCCUGCAUGAAGGUGUUUGUGACUAAUUUCCUCGAGCCGCGUUCUCUAGCCAUACCUUCCCCGGAUAACUACCGAGGGUUGUGUAAAAAAUACUCACACACCAGCAUCCAAUGGUUAGAAUGGGAGUCGCAUCGUCGUGGUAUUUUCAUUCAGCAUGCUUUAAACAAAGGCGAAAAACAGAUGGGGGCAUACUUUGUGGAUGGGUUUGCUAUAAUCGGUGGCAAACCAUUCGUCUGGGAAUUUCAGGGGUGUUUUUAUCACGGAUGCCCGACGUGUUUCGAACCCGGUGCUGUAUGCCCUUUGACAAACACACCGUUCGAGGAGUUGCACAAGGCUACCGAGAAAAAAAUGAAAGCGUUAAAGCGUGACCACAAGGUCAACAUCAUCGUCAUCAGAGAGCACGAGUGGAAUGAAAUGAAAAAAUCAAACCCUAGGGUAAUAGACUUUCUCAAAACACGCAAUUACCCCGCACCUCUCAUGCCUCGAGACGCUCUUUAUGGAGGUAGGACAAGCGCCUUUUGCUUGAGGCACACGGCGGGUGAGAACCAGCGUGUAUUGUAUGAGGAUGUCACCUCUCUCUACCCGUACGUCAACAGCGCAUUUCCUUACCCCCUGGGUCAUCCUGUCAUCAUCCACACGGAUUUUGACGAUGUUGGAAACUAUUUCGGUCUGGUCAGAGCCGUUGUUCACCCUCCUCGAGGUCUCUAUUUCCCUGUGCUACCCUACAGAACGGUCAAGGGUAAACUAGUGUUUACACUUUGCCGCACAUGCGCAGAAAACAAUAACCAGCAGGAACCCUGCGAACAUGAUGAGGAAGGAAGGGCAUUGACGGGAGUCUGGGUCACGCUCGAAUUCAACAAAGCUUUACAGUUGGGAUACAGAGUCGGUAAGAUUACGGAGGUGUGGCACUUUGAAGAACGGAGCGAAACCGUUUUUACGGGUUAUGUUCAAACUUUCCUAAAGGGUAAGCAAGAAGCUUCAGGGUAUCCCAAAGAAGCCGUCGAUGCAGAAAGCAGGGAAAAGUACAUUCGUGAAUAUCGUGAAAAUCAGGGAAUACAGCUGGAUGCUGAAAAAAUCGAACCCAACCCUGCCAAGAGACAAAUGUCAAAACUCUGUUUAAACAGCCUUUGGGGAAAGUUUGCGGAGAGGUGCAAUAGAACUCAGACCACCUUGGUGAGAAAAAGUGAAGUAUUUUUCGACUUUGUAUUUUCAGGAAAAUAUCAGGUUGAAUAUUUUUCCUUUCUCAACGAGCAAAUUGCUAUGGUGCAAUGGCAAUACAGUAAAAACAGCGUGGUGCUUCCCGGUAACACAAAUAAUGUAUUUGUCGCUGCUUUUACCACCGCUUACGCACGUUUGAAAAUGUACGGUUACCUAGAGGGGUUGCAAGAGAGAGUUCUUUACACAGACACCGAUAGUUUAAUCUACACGGUAAACGAGGGGGAAGUUUCUCUGGAGACGGGGUCCUAUCUAGGCGAUUUGACGGAUGAGUUGGGAGGAGACAGCAUUCACGAAUUCGUCUCCGCCGGUCCAAAGAGUUAUGCCUACCAUACCCUGCAGGGUAAAAAAACUGUGCUGCGUGCCAAAGGAAUCACUCAAACCCGCGAGUGUUGUGAGAGGGUCAACUUUGACAGCGUUAAAGAUUUGGUGGAGGGCUAUCUGGAGGAAGACAAAACAGGUGCGAUCUACACCCCUCAUCACCAAAUUGUUCGUGAUAAAAGGGGGUUCCUUUUAAAUAACUCGUCUUUCGAAAAAAAGUUUCGAGUGGUGUAUGACAAAAGACGUCUCUUUCCCGACGGGAAAACUUUACCUUUCGGGUAUUAGAGAGGAAAUGGAAAAAAUGGAACGAGUAGACUUUGAUCCCAGAUUUCAUACACCUUUUUCAUGCCUGGUUGUAGGACCUAGUGGUUGCGGAAAGACUUUUUUUGUAAAAUGUGUGUUGGAAAAUUGUGAACACGUCAUGAAUUCUAUACCCGACAACAUUGUGUGGAUUUAUACAUCUUUCCAACCCAUGUAUGCUGAAUUAAAAAAGAUGAAUAAAAAAAUAAAAUUUGUUGAAGGACUGCCUGAUUCCUUUGAAGAUGAAAACUUGUUUCCGGACGAUCAGACCCAUUUGGUGAUUUUGGACGAUGUUAUUUUUCAAGCCUCAAAUCACCCCGAAGUGGUUAAAAUUUUCACGCAGUAUAGACAUCAUAGAAAUAUGAGCGUUAUGAUGCUGACCCAGAAUGUUUUUCAUCAGGGAAAAUUUUCACGCACCAUUAGCUUAAACUGUAAUUAUAUGAUACUGUUUAAGAAUCCGCGGGACAGAUUGCAGAUUAACGUGUUGGCACAGCAAAUGUUCCCCGCACAAAAAAGUUUUUUCUUGGAAAGUUUUGCGGAUGCUACUUUGGAUGCUCAUGGCUAUUUAUUGGUCGACCUGACACCUUUCUGUCCAGAACAAUACAGAGUGAGGUCGGGCGUGCUUCCGCACCAGUGGCCCGUUGUCUACGUGCCAAAAACAUAAUGUCAAAGCGUGUAAAGAGGAACGGUCCCAUGUUAAAAGCUCUGUACCAUGCCACACCACAAAAACGUCGAGAUAUUCUGAGUCACGGCUCACCAGACUUUAUCCAGACGCUGUGUGAAAUUGCUUUAAACAUUCUGAAGGGUAAUGUGCCCUUAUCACCGUCUCAAUUUGCUCAGCUUAAAAAACAAAAGAAAAUCAUCCGACUGCUGGCUGAUAAAAGGACUGGACUGAAACGCAAACGCCAGACUCUGAUGAAACAGUCGGGCGGUUUUCUUCUACCCUUACUGGCCACCGUCGUACCGUUUAUAGGGAAUCUUAUCGGUGGAUUGAGCGGAAAAGGUUGAAGAUGAAAAAGGCUCAAAAAUUGUUUCUCCUAUCCCCCCAACAAUUAAAUCGUCUGACUCGCCCGGAGCCGACCAUCAGAGACUCGGCGGAGGAUGAUCUAGAUGUUAAAAUGAGAGCCGUCUUAAACGAACCCGGAAUGAAUCCUCAUGAAAGAAUAAAAAUAUACGAUACCCUGCUGCAGAGAUAUCUCGGCCUGUUGAAGCAGGGGCAACGGGAGGAGAAAAGGAUGACUCUGACUUUACACAAGGAUUUGCGGGGUGAACCAUGGAAUGACUCUGAGGAUAAACCGGAGGAUAAACCAGAGGAUAAACCGAUGGAUAAACCGGAGGAUAAACCUCGGAAUACUGGCGGGGGGUCAAAGGAUGUCACGAUGAUCGAAGUUCUGAAAAUCCUCCCCCGACGCGACCGUAACAACGCCGAGUACAUUAUGAAAAAAUUAUCCGAGAAUGAUAAGGGGUGGACCUCUAAAGGAGAGUUUGUUCAAAACGGUACACCGGUGCAGGGAUCUCAUAUGAUCGAUUUACUGAAACACCUGAUGCAACGGUCCAAAAAUCCACAGACCCGCACGCCUGAGGGUUGGAGAAAAUUUUUAACAGCGUUGACGGAGCUAAAUGUCCCCACAUCGACCAUUCAUAACCCCAGAGCACGAGAUCAAUACAGACGUCUGAAAGCGGAUGGAGAGUUUGAAUCAGAAUGGGUGGAAAAAGAAACAUUUCUAUCCCCCGAGAGGAAAAGAAGAGGUAGAAAAGUGACAUUGUCCCCACAUUGGUUAAACCUUGAAUGAAUGAUGACAAAACUCUUGUUUCAAUAAAAUGUUUUUUUAUUCAUCAAA